AUGCACGCAGAAGGUGGGCCCAGCGGUAGUGGCGCUGGUGGCUCUGGAGCCACUACCACCACAGGUACCGGCACCGUCGUCAGUCCCUGUCUCAGUCCCAGCUCACCCGAGUCCGAAGGGCAGUCGGGGUCAUUGACGGGCAUGACUGGAGGCCCUGGAGGUGGUGGUGGUGCCGCCGGCACCAGCACCGGCACCUCAGCGUCCUACCUCAGCGAUGAGCCGAUUCCGCCGCCAAGUCCAUUUGACCAGCCAUCCACCAGUCAUGGGUUUCCCUCUCUCAAGCAGGACAAAAAGUCGAGCAUCAGCUCGUCAAGUGAUACUGCCAAGCCAAAGCAGGUGAUGAUUCACUCACCUGGACAGCACAAACCAAAGCCGGCCAUUACGCGGAAGAAGACCACCCAGAGUGGUCAGGACGUGGAGAAGAAAAUUCAAAAGUGCAAAGAGGAGAACUUGAAGCACUUUGAUCUCAUCAAGUCGAAUCUCUCAACGUUGCCCCCUUCCAUUCGUGAUUUGACGCAGAUUACGGAGUGUUACCUGUACCAGAACAAGUUCACCUCGCUGCCCAGUGAGAUUGGCUGUCUGGAGAAUUUGGAGUUUCUUGCCAUCAAUGAGAACUCCUUGUCCAGCCUUCCUGAUUCUCUAGCCAACUUGAAACGCCUUAAGGUUUUGGAUCUGCGACAUAACAAGCUGAACGAGAUUCCUGAUGUUGUGUACAAACUGACGACUCUCACAAACCUACUUCUCCGAUUCAAUCGCAUCAGAACAGUCGGCGAAGACAUUAAGCAUCUGACGAACUUGCAAACACUCAACUUGCGAGAGAACAAGAUUAAAGAGCUGCCCGGAGGAAUUGGCCAUCUGUGCAGUCUGACGACCUUUGAUGUGGCCAAUAAUCACAUUGAGCACCUUCCGCCGGAGAUUGGCAACUGCACAAAGCUGACCUCACUUGAUGUGCACCACAAUGAGCUUGUUGAUAUUCCCUCAACCAUUGGUAAUUUGGUUAAUCUCAACAGACUUGGGCUAAGGUACAACCGCCUUGAUUCAGUGCCAAGAACGCUCAGCAACUGUACGAACCUGACUGAGUUCAACGUGGAAAACAAUGCACUCUCACAACUGCCUGAAGGACUGCUCUCUAGUCUUUGUAAUCUGAACCAGCUGACUCUUUCUAGAAAUCAAUUCACCUCUUAUCCAGUUGGUGGACCUGCUCAGUUUACCACUGUUCAAUCCAUCAACAUGGAGCACAACAAAAUCACUAAGAUUCCCUUUGGAAUCUUCUCUCGAGCGGCCAAUCUGACCAAGUUGAACAUGGUGGACAACCAGCUCACCUCGCUUCCGCUGGACAUUGGCACGUGGACCAACAUGGUUGAGCUUAACUUGGGAACAAAUCAGCUAGCAAAGAUUCCUGAAGACAUUGAGCACCUGGAGAACCUGGAAGUGCUCAUUCUUAGUAACAACAAUCUGAAGAAGCUGCCCAGCUCUAUCGGUCGACUGAGAAAAUUGCGAGUUUUAGAAAUUGAAGAGAACCGCCUUGAAACUUUACCAACAGAAAUUGGUUACCUCAGUGAACUGCAGCGCCUUGUUCUGCAGAACAAUCAGCUGACUUCAAUUCCACGAGCAAUCGGCCACCUCUCGAAACUGACCUUUCUGAGCGUGGGCGAGAACAAUCUGUCCGUUAUACCGACAGAAAUAGGAACACUGGAGCACCUGGAGGCACUAUACGUAAACGACAACGCCAAUCUGCACUGUCUUCCCUUUGAACUUGCUCUCUGUGCCAACUUGCAAAUAAUGAGCAUUGAGAACUGUCCUCUCUCGCAAUUCCCUACCGACAUUGUGAACGGCGGCCCCUCGCUGGUCAUUCAGUACCUUAAGAUGAAAGGACCUUAUCGUGCCAUGUGA